AUGGGUGCCAACACCUGCGAUGGAGACGUGUAUAUCCAUAACUUGGCCACGUUCAUAAAAUCUCACGAGCGCCAGCUAGCCAAUGCUCUAGUGGCGUACAAGAAGAAUGCUCCUAAGACAAACACAAAUGGCAAGUCCAACUCUAUGCCGAGACAACAGCAGCAGACGACAAAGCCCGUCAGACUGUCUCUUUCUCUUCACCAUCUGUAUUUUUUAUUGGGUAAAUUUCAGGAACUGGGCAUCAGCGUAGGCCCGAUGAACAUUCGACUGGACAAUAUUGAUACUGAGAGCUCUAACAAUUAUGUUUCGUUUCUGAGUGAAUUUCAAAGAAACAAGGCUAUACAAUCGGACGCUCAAUCGAUUCACUCAAUGUCUAGUGUCAAGUCAGUUAUGUCUAGUGUGUCAGCACUGUGGACUACACUAAGCUCAAGUGGCCAAAAGGGAGACAAUAUCAUCAAUGAUCUCAAAUACCUAUAUUCUGCAUUUACAAAACUCCCUUGUCUUAGGCUGGCGACAGAUCCCAAUGCCAAACUUAUCGAAGGUCACGAGGAAUAUCCUUUCGAUACGUCAACACCUAUAAAGAUAUUCAAGAACCUUUCUGUUCUAGAGAUCUCAGACAUGGAUCCGAAGGAGAUUUAUGGCUGGCAUAUACUGAGCGAAAACAUUAGAUUUUUGGUUGUCAAACGUACGAAUAUCACAGAUCCUUACGACAUUCUUGUUACAUUGGUCAGCGACGACAUAAACAAGCGUGGAUCAAUGUACUCCGAAGAUUCAGAGCCUUCGCCUUCAUCCACUUCGUCUCUCGCGAUUCCAAUGACCAAACGAGGCUCUUUUUCUUCCCCGUCUGUUCACAACUCUUCAACUUUAUCUAAUUCAUAUGUAUCAUCUCACCAUCACUACCUCAGCGGAUCACUCCCGGAAACCACGUCACCACCGUCAUCGUAUCACGCCUCACGACUUCCCACUGACGACAAAUAUGCAUUAAUUCCUAGAAGACAGUAUCAAUACCAGCACAAAUCAAGGUUUACCCCGAAAGAUGCACUACCUACCAUUGACCAGAUCCCUACUUCUUCAAACCCGCAUGAGUUCUCUAAAAUCCAUUGGAGAUUACUAAAACAUCUGUCGCUCACAGAAAACAAAUUAACUAGAAUUAGUGAAGAAGCGUUCACCAAUCUGGAGAAUCUAUCGUCUCUUGACUUGUCGUACAACAAUCUGACAGAGAUCCCACACAGUGCACUAGCCAAACUUCGUAAUCUUAAGUCAUUGAACCUCUCGUACAACAAGCUGGUCAGCACAAAAACGUUCCCAAAAACAUUGAACAAAUUGACCAUCCUCAACUUGCGCGGUAAUCUAUUAUCAAACUUGGACACUCUGGAGAAUGCCACAUCAUUGGAGAAAAUCGAUCUGCGACAGAACAAGCUGACCAAAAUUGCUGAAAUGAAGCCGCUUCUUUUGUUGAAUAAUGACGUUGUGAAGCUUAACAUCUUGUACUUGGUUGGUAAUCCUGUGGCCAGCAACAGAGGUUACAGAAUUGAGCUAUUCAAUUUGUUUAAUGGAGUUGACUACUCAAACGAUCUACGCAUCGAUGGCUCAAAGCCUGGAAUAUUUGAGUCGAGAUUACUGCUUGAUGCAAAAUCUGCUCAACUGAAGCUAAAUAAGUUUUUGGACGCCAGCAUAAUUUCAAAAAUGGCCGAAAGCGUUUCCACGAUGAACAUCAACAAGAUAAUUACUACCACGACUACGGGAGAUAAUUCGAUGUCAUCGGAUAUGCUAAAUAAUCGUAUGAGCUCUCAGUCACGAGUGAGCAUGUCCUCCAAAGAAAAACUCGAGGACGCACGGGAUUCAAUCGAUUCAAGGGCCUCACAGCGGUCGAAGCCUCCGCCUUUGAAUUUGGACAGCCAUAAAACACAGUUCACAGCCCCUCAAGCUCAGAUAUUGACGCCAAAUAAAAAUCUCUUGAACUCUUCUGAUCAGAUGCUACCACCGCAGAAACCUUUUUCCCAGAAAGCAUCGUCUGUACAAUCCCCAGCUACAGGAAACAUGCGGGAGCAAUAUGGAUCAGCGGCCCCGAUAUCUGAGACUACCAAGAAUACAACGCUGGCUACCCCAGCUAGUGCGAACUACACCUUUGAAAAGCCUCAGCUGGAUCAAGGAUCACAGCUUCCUUCGCCAGGCGCUUCAAGCCAGCCGUCGAGGGCGGUGUCGAUUGAUGAGAAUAUUUACCCUUCAGGGAUGAUUUUGACACGGCAGGUCAACGCUUCAAAUUCAUCACUAGCCACAUCUUCCUCGAGAAAGCCCUCUCAAGAAGCCAACCCAAUCAACAAGAUUAGCCUGGCUGCGCCAGCACUUCCGGUGAUUACGCAAGCCACUACAAUGACCACAGUCUCUUCAGAUCCUCCCACGCCUCAUAGCCAGCGUCGCAGCGCAGACAACGAUUACUUUGCCGGUGCUGUAGCUUUGCAAAGUCCGAUCAAAGCUCAUACUUUCCGUCAUUCUGAUGCUAGAAUCGAGCCUAACCCCGAACCAGCAUCAGCCAUAGACGUUUCCAUAAUGAACAUGAUACGCGAAACCAAGGACGAGGCCGGCCAGCCCGAGCCCAAUUCCAAAGAGGAGCUUUCGCAGGGACAUAGGAUAUCCGUCAGCUGA